CAACUAGCACUCAGAACACCGACAAGACUCCCGUUCAACGAGGAAGAGGCCCACGAUGGCCGAACCGACGGAUGCGCUGGGCCUCCUCAGCGCCGCCCUGUCGGCUUCCGACCCCAAGGUCGAGGCCAGGCAUCUCCGCCAGCUCUAUGACCUGUUCCAGUCGCAGCCCGGCAACAUUGCACCUCUGUUUCCCAGCCUGUUCCCGCUCAUGGGCCGGGCAAGCGAACAGACGAAGAAGUGGAUCGUCGACGUCAUGGACCUGAUAUUUUGCAAGCCGACCUUGAGCCCCGCUGGCAGGGCUGCCUUGUCAAUCCACCUUCCCAGUCAUCUUCUCGGUCUCCUGCAGGACCACGACUUGCGAUACGCCAAAGUCGCAAUCUCUGUCUUCGCCAGUGCCUAUCAGCCGCUCUUUCGCCACUGCUGCCAGGACCGUUCGGCUGCCAAGCUAUGGCCCACCAUCGAGGCCAUCAAACGAAGGAUCGUAGAAUUGUUUGACAGCUCGCACCAGAUGGGCAUCAAGCUGGCAGCCUUGAAGGCUUUCCAACGUGUUAUCAUCGUUCAGACGAGACCGAAUGGCGACACAGUUUCUACGAGCUCCAAUGACGCUAACAUCGGUAUGGUCCCACCUGAUCAUCCCACAAUUCGAAUCGCGAGUCUGGAGACGGAAGCCAACGAGCGCUUGACUCAGGUCGUAACUCUCAUUUUCACCAACAGUGUCUCCGACCUCGUCAUUGCCUCGAUGAACAGCCUGUCGACAUUGGCUAAGCUUCGGCCUUCCCUGAGUCCUAUCGUGCUGGAGGCCUUGGUCAGCUGGAAACCGCAGGCCCUCUCCAACCUUCCUUUCUCUCUUAUCAAGAACGUCGAAAAGACGCUGAGAAUCAUCUACCUCCAUUUUCACCCAAAUCGAAACUCUCUGGCUGGUGGCUAUGGGCCUCAGAUCCUCGAAGCUUUGUCUGAGCAGAAGGGACGAAUGGAGGCUGCAAAUCGCGAGGAAGAGGCGAGAAAGGAGGAGGAGGCCAGGGUCAGACGCGAGAGGAUAUCUGAAGAGCUUGAAGGAUCUUCAAGCAGGAAGAAGGUCAGGUUUACGGGACUGGAGGCGGAGACAGAAAGCUCGUCUUCGACUCCGCUACGCCUCAACGACAGUGGGGCAGAAGCCAUGGCGGCCGCCGCUGCAGCGAUACCAACAAUCACCACAGAGGAAAAAGACAUUGAAUCGGCCAAUGCGUUUCGACGAGCGACCCAGGUUGGGAAUCAGCCCAAUCCGCUGGCCUCGUUCGAUGUCACGACCUUACCUUUGCAUCUUGUCGUUGAGCUCAUCAUCGCGAACUUGCAGGCGAGGUCGGAUUCAGAGCUACAAAGUGCUAUCGAAAGGACAAGAGGCAAUCUCAACGGGCAUGACGCUUCGAACAGAUCACUGCUGCCGACGCCACUACAUCCAGGCGCACCACCUGGGGCUCCGCCAACGAUGCCAAAGCAGGAGGACUCUGCGGAAGGACAAGCACAAGACCCGCUACAAGCAGAUCUGGGCGAGGAGGAGGUGGUUGGACAAUUGGCCGAUGAAUUGGAACAGGCAUCAAGCUUGCAGGCGCUGCAGAACUUCACACUCGUAGCGCCGAGCCAUUUAGGACUCGACGAUGCCAAGGCUCUGAUUCGCGAAUCGAUAGGUCGGCUUUGCGAGGGAGAGGAGCUGUCAGUCAGCACAGUCGAGGCUGAUGGAGGCGUACCCUCGUCUCUUUGGGCGAUCCUCUUGAUACGACUGGCGACGAGAGGGUUCGGGUCGCAAGGGUUGGAAGCGAAGGAUGAGGGAGCAAAUGGAACGCUGGCGCUGCUGUCCUCGACGUCACCGCAAGCCGACUCCAUACGACAGUUGAUGCUCGAGUUCGUCAAGGCCGACUUUCCUCGCCGCAUUGCGUUUGCCUCCCAGUGGAUGGCCGAGGAAUUCCACUGUCAUGUUCUGGCUCGCAAGCAAGGCAUUGGGAACGACACUGACGAUGCUUAUUCCGAGUGGCUCACCAAAAUCGUCGAAGCCGUGAUCCCGACUAUCGAUGGCAAGGACAAGAGCCUUCAGACUUUCCUCAACCAAGUGCCAAAGAUUCCCGACUCUGUCGUGAACUCUCUGAAGCAAUUGUGCACCGACAAGUCCAAAAUGGCCGUCGGAUUCACAAUGCUGAGAGACAUGGCUGCCACAAGGCCGCCGGCACGGGCUGCGUCGAGCGACAUUCUGCUGAGCCUCACGCGGAGCGAAGAUAGGAUGACGAGAAACGCUGCGAUCAUCACUGUGCGCGCUUGGGUAGAGAAUGGAGGGGCGUUAGAGGACAAGGUGCUCGACUAUGGAAGAAACGGGUUGAAACGCUUGACCGUGAAAAACCCUCUUUCGGACGAAGGAAAGGAGCUGGCGACGAAGGCAAAGAAGGGCGAUGAGGGGCAGGAAGAGAAGAUGGACGACGAGGAGCUGGAGGAGGGUGAGACAAAGAAGAGCAGCGCGGCGGAUGACCCCACCAAAGAGCUCUCGGAUGAGGAUGAUGUCGUCCGCUUCGUUGCUCUGCCCUUCGCGCUGUGCAUCAAAGUGCCCGACAUGCUCGACGACAUUUUCAGGGAGUUUCCCGAGAUGCCACCCGCAGUCCAGGCCGCCGUCCAGAAGCAUAUCCAAGCCCUUAUUCGCUCGCCCCGAACGGCAAAGCUCAACAGUCAGAAGCUCGACACCAACAAACUCAUCGACAUCCUGUCCAACUACCGUCCAGAGACAAGCAAGCUGGCUUUGACGGCUUUCCAGGUCCUGACCGAAGCUGGCACGACGCCGAGACUGGUACAACUCGUCAAAUCGCUAGCUGAAGAGCACGAAAUCGAUCCUAGAUUCUUCGUACCUAUUCUACCAGACUUGGACAAGAAUGAGAUUAUCAAGUACCUUCCUCGCGUUGUCACGAUCCUCAAUUCGGAGUCACCGGAAGACCGCGAGACCCUCAAGUCUGUUUUCACAUCUAUCGUCGAAGCGCCAGCUCAAGGCUUUGGGAGCAUUUCAACGAACCUGCCUCGUGUCCGACAGACAGAGUUGCUCACGCCAGUCGAGCUCAUGGGUCUCUUACAUCGUUCUGAGAAGGAAAUUGGGCUCAAAACAGCAGCGGAAGCCAUUCGCACGUGUUUCGGCAUGACAAACGUCUUUCGGAGCGAGGUACUGGCAGCUGUGCUCAAUCAAAUCGUCGAAGAACCGGUCUUGCCAGUCCUGUUCAUGCGAACUGCUAUCAUGGCCGUCAAAACGUACAAGUCGCUCUCGUCGUACGUCUCGCGGACGUUUCUCUCUCGUCUCAUUUUGAAAAAGGUCUGGCAGACUCCUUUGCUGUGGGACGGCUUCGCCUUGUGCGUCAAACAGACCGCUCCGGCUUCCUUUGCGGCGCUUAUACAAUUGCCGAAGGAGCAGUUGCUCGACGUCCUAGCCAAGCAACCGAGCCUGAAAGAAGGGCUCAGAGACUACCUGACGAAGAAGGCGGGAGGUAAUCGCGCCAGAUUGCUGGGUUAUCUCGAGAUGCUAGGCGAAGACUCGCCUGCGGAUGCAUCUUCACAUUCGCCCACCCUGGGAGACGCACCUGGGUCGCCUCAUCAAGGAGGUGUAGCGACCCCAGCUCUGGAGCAAUCGCCAUCGACGCCGUCCACUCCCGUUGUGCACCCUCCAUCAGCUCCUCCGCUCGCCGGACAGGAGUAGUUCAUUUGUCGAACCAAAAAAAAACUCAAUCUGUAUUCUUAGAACACCUCACCUUUUCUCAUUUACCCUCUUUGCCGCCAAUCCGUGGACAGACCUACUUUUAUUGACUAAUAUUGAAUCAAG